AACUGGUGUGUGCCAUGAAUGCAGCACGCGUUAAGUUUCGUUUUCUCCACAUUUUCUCCACAAUAAAACAAUUAUAAUCCGCUGCAGCAGUGUCGUCAGUGUCUGAGCCUUACCGAUAAAAAAGAUGGUUCUUGGAAAAGUCGCAGCAGGAGCAGUGGGAGCAGUAGGGGCGGUGGUCUUGGCUCCUGUUGUUUUGACAACUAUUGGUUUCACAUCAGCUGGAAUCGCAGCAGGAUCCUACGCUGCAGGUAUGAUGUCAUCUGCAGCCAUCGCUAAUGGAGGAACAGUGGCAGCUGGAGGUGUGGUGGCGGUUUUGCAGUCUGCAGGUGCCGCUGGUUUGACAACGGCCGGCACUGCAGCCGUGGCCGGUGCUGGAGCAGCCAUAGGAUGGGUGACGAGCCUUUUAAAGUAAAUAGAAUGAUGAUGAUGAUGAUGAUGAUGAUGAUGAUGAUGACGAUGAUGAUGAAGAAGAAUUAAAAAUGAAGAAUAAAAUAAAGGAGAAAAAUCUGAAUAGUAAUUUUAGCACCUUCAAGAGGUCUUUUACACUUUCAGAAGUGUUGGUAUGAAUGACAUGCUAAGUUUAAGUGAUAAUUUCUGUAAUGGUUUCUGAUACAAAAAAAUAUACACAGACAGAAAACAAAAUGAAUAACAGACAAAUAUCUCGAAAUAUCAGCAGUACAAUUCCAAAAAAGCUGGAAUGCCUUGUAAAAUGUAGAGCAAAAUAAAAAUGUAAUGAUUUGCAAGUCGCAUAAACCCAUAUUGUUUUCCCAAUUAAACAUUAAAAAAAACA